AAUAAAAAAUAAUAGCAAUUUUAUUUUCAGACAUGGGUACAAUUACUAGUUACAACCGAACACCACAACUACCAUGUAUUUCAUCGAUCUUGAUGUACGCACAGUGUCAAAAUAUUUUAACAAACAAGCAAUUACGCAUGAAUUUGAAUUCUAUAUCGAUCAAAUUGGAACAGUUAUCGAAUUUCCCGGCCAAUAUAGUGAUUGAAAACGGUUUCAAGUGGAUAUAUAUGAAAAUUCUUUUCGUAGAUCGUACGAUUGUCACACCAUGCUAUAUUCCAAAUAGAAUCAUGUAUUUCGAAUUUGUUAAGUGUUUCCUCUGUGAGGAAUUUCAACCGAAAGAAUUGGUUAAAUUUCUUACAACAAAAUUUCUUACUGUCCAGGUAAUUGGCAUACGAAUUAUUGAACCCUCAAUUUCUGGCCGACCUGACUAUGAUAAAUCGGUAUCAAAAUCAUCUAAGGCUGUUACGAAAGAGGAAUUUUUACUAGGAAUUGCUAAAUUUGAUAUAUCUGAUCUUUUGAGAGGAUUUUGGGAAGUAAAAUUGACGAAUGACUUGAUUCAUCCUUGCAACAUAUUUGCUGGCAAUAUUGACUAUACAGAUGAUGAGAGAAAGAAAAUUUCGUGGAAGAAUUCACCUCUUACCUCAGAUACUUUUACAUCGUACAGUACAUCGAUAAAAAUUAAAAUUCGUCCAACGUGUGAUUUGCGAAUAAUUCAAAAGAAGAUCAUUCAACAUGAAAAUAUAUUCAAUCGAAUAUUUUUCAAUUUGAACGAUUUAAAAUUGGCUAAUGAUAUUUUGAAAGAUGUAUCUCUUCAUAAUUCCAACUUACUGACCAUUUACGAAUCUUCAAUAGAAAACAAUAAUUUAAAAGUAAAAUUUUGAAGUAUAAUUGUAGUUUGAUUUUUUUACCACUCUUUAUAUAUUUUUCUGUUGUCAUACAUACUUAUCAGUUUUAGUUAGUUGAUAUCGUUUUUUGAUGUUAUUUAUGAUACAGACACAGGGUAUGUUGAAGCAUAUUUUAACGGGUUUCGCUAUAGAAAAUUGUG